AUGGCUGAGAAGGAGAAGAGCUUUGUGGAUGAGAUAAACAAGGCAAUGGCAAAGUCGGAAGGGCUUCCCCUCAAGGACCUGCUGUUCUGCUACCAGGGGACUCCCUACCCCAUCACCGUGUGCAGUGCGGAGACCUUCCAAGCUCUGGAGAACUUGGAGGCCAGAAGAGACGAUCUGGUGCUGGUGUCUUACCCCAAAUGUGGUGUGAACUGGCUGAUCCAGAUUGUAAGUGAUUUGAUAUUUACAAGUACCCAGAGUAAAUGUGUAAGCACAGAACUACCCUUCAUUGAAUGUGGAGAUCCAGAUAAAUACCAGCGGAUGAAGCAGAUUCCGUCCCCAAGGAUUUUGGCAACCCAUCUGAGUUACGAUUGCCUCCCUAAGUCUAUUUUCAAGAAGAAAGCCAAGAUAUUAGUGCUGUUUCGAAACCCUAAAGAUACAGCUGUCUCCUUUUUCCAUUUCCACAACAAUGCGCCAAGCAUCCCCAGUUACAGCUCCUGGGAUGAGUUCUUCUCAGAGUUCAUGAAUGGGAAAGUCAGCUGGGGAUCCUAUUUUGAUCAUGCAGUCACCUGGAACAAACAUAUAGAGGAUGAAAAUAUUAUGGUUGUAUUAUAUGAAGACCUGAAGGAGAGCCUAACUUCCAGCGUGAAGCAGAUAGCUGAUUUCCUUGGAUUCUCCUCAACAGCUGAGCAGAUCCAGUCUAUUGCUGACAGGGCCACUUUCCAGGCGGUGAAGGAUAAGGCUCAGGAGACGCAUGGUCCUGUUGGCUCACUUCUCUUCCGAAAAGGUGUUGUUGGGGACUGGCGAAAUCUUUUCACUGAAGCUCAGAACCAGGAAAUGGAUGCCAAAUUCAAAGCGUGCUUAGGAGGAACUAAGCUGGGAGCAAUGUUAAAAUAUGAUGUGUACUGCAAGGUCUGAAUUAGAGUUGCAGAAAAACAUCUCAUGUCUGGGCUGCUCUUCAUUCACUUUUAUGAAAUCAAAAAGGAAUUAGGACGAGUAACCAAUGUGAAAUAUUUGAAAUACAUUGCAAUUUACAGACCUGUCUAUUUGAUCUUAACUAGCAUGAUCGAUCCUUCUUUAUUCAGUUGGUCCUGUUGAAUUCACUGGAUCCUCUUAGAUGAGCUGUGGUUCUUUUGCCUCAUUUUUUUUUAAAUUUGAUUUUUAGCCAUGAUUCAGUGUUCCGUGGUAGAAUCCUGUUUGAAAUGGGUAUGCGUUAUCUGAACUUGCUGAAAUCACUGAGUGUGUAUUCACUGUGUUAAAAUGA